CACCGCGUGGAGUUUCGCUUUGAUUGCUUUCCAGGUGUGCUGACAUCAGCGCGCAAUUAGCCGCUCGCUGCCGUUGCCGCACGCGAAAUUGUUGUUGUGUGUUGCACGAAGCGUCACAUUUGCGCGUCGCGCUUUAGCGAUUUCGAAGAUUUUUCCCUACCUGUGUGUUUCGCCAGACCUGCAAAAACUUCCAUCGUCUCAUAGUCGUGUUUGUUUGUUGCUUGUUAACAACGUAAAUAAAAUCGUAAGUGCGGGAAAUUUGUAAAAAUGUUACAAUUGAAGUCAUUUUGCUGCGGUUUGAGUCUAAGACAUGGCACCAUCAUCAUUGGUGUAACCUCGAGUGUGUUGUCCUUCAUCAUUUUGAUUCUCAGCGCUGCGUAUGCUGAGCAUCCACAUGAACUGUUGGAUAUGUCAGAUCCGUCAAUUCAACCAGAUACUCAAGUUUUAAAGAUUAUCCUCAUCACUAUUGCGGUCGGAUCAGCUCUACAAUGCAUCUUCUCGAUCUUUCUCAUCUUCGCCGCUGAAACUAAUCGACCAAUUUUACUGCUUCCUUGGAUAGGAUUCGGCCCAGUAUGUUUAGCGUUUUAUGUGCUUGGAACACUGAUUGCUAUAAUUCACCAUAGCAGUGACAACAAUGCGAUUUUCAUUACCGCACAUCUCAUGGUCACUACCAUUUGCACAGCCGUCGCAUCGUACAAAUUCCUGACCGUGUACAGUCUUUACAAACACCUGAGGAGUUUAAAUUUUUAAUCAGGCUAUGAUAUGCUAUUUACGAAUUACAGUACGAAGAAGCAGAACAAAGUAGAUCUAGAAGCUUUAGAUUACUUUUGAAACCGUUUUGAGGCACGUUUUAAUUUAAAUUUUUAGUUGCACCGUUGAAUUUUAUCGAUAUUUAUGAAAAUGUUUACCAUGUUAAUAGAUUUUUAGACCAUCGAAUAGAUAAGAAUAUUGAAUAGAAAACAGGGUAAAUACAAAACAAGUUUUUAUUGUUUCUUAAAUCAUAAUAAUACAUUUUGUCAAAAAUUCAGUUCUUAUUAUAAAGUUUAGUUAAGA